AAAGCAAUAGAUCUUGCAAGCAAGGCUGCAGAGGAGGACAAAGCAAAAAACUAUGAGGAAGCUCUCCGGUUGUACCAGCAUUCUAUUCAGUACUUCCUUCAUGUUGUGAAGUGUGAGUUGUCAUAUAUCUCAGUUCCACUUGCUGUUUACUACUGUUUCCAAGUCAUCAUUUGAAAAAUAUACUGCAAACACAGAACAUCCGCAUACAUUGUUUUUUUAUUCACUUUCAUUUGCUAAUAUACACUCACAAGGUGUCGAAACGUUCCACAAUUAUGUUGGUCCAUGCUGACGCGACGGCAUCACGCAGUUGUUGCAGAUUGGACUUCGCGUCAGCAUAGACCAACAUCCCUGUGGAACGUUUCCGACACCUUGUAGAAUGCCCUGGAGAAUUCAGGCUGUUCUGGAGGCAAAGGGGGAUCCGACCCGGUACUAGAUGGGUACAUUCAUGCUGCGAACAGCCCAAAAUAUGCUCUAUUGGGUUGAGGUCUGGGGACUGCGCUGGCCACUCAAGUAAACUGAACGCGCUGUCAUUUUCCAGGCGAUGUUUUUCCACUCCUCAAUUGUCCAGUGUUGGUGAUCAGGUGCACACUGGAGCCGCUUCUUCUUGUUUUUAGCUGAUAGGAGUGGAACCCGGUGUGGUUGCUGUGCUGCAAUAGCCCAUCCGUGACAAGGAUCAACGAGUUGUGAAUUCCGAGAUGCUGUUCUGCACACCACUGUUGUACUGCGCCGUUAUUUGUCUGUUUGUGGCCCUCAUGUUAGCUUGCACAAUUCUUGCCAUUCUCCUUCGACCUCUCUCAUCAACAAGCUGUUUUCACCCACAGGACUGCCGCUGACUGGAUGUUUUUUGUUUGUCGCACCAAUCUCGGUAAACCCAAGGCACUGUCGUGCAUGAAAAGCCCAGGAGGGCGGUCGUUUCUGAAAUACUGGAUCCGGCGCGCCUAACACCGAUGAUCAUACCACGCUCAAAGUUGCUUAGGUCACUAGUUUUGCCCAUUCUAACGUUCAAUCGAACAGUAACCGAAUGCCUCAAUGCCUGCCUGCCUGCUUUAUAUAGAAAGCCACGGCCACUUGAAUCGCUGUCUGUAGGAGCUAUCCAUUUUCGUGAACGGAGUGGUGUACCUAAUAAACUGUCCGGUGAGUGUAUGUGUGACUGAAAUGAACUGUGCACCUUUGACCUUAAAGUUUGGAAUGGACUUGGAAUGUCCACAGUAGGAGCUCUGGAUAAACAUAAAUCAUUUCUUCAAGAAACUGCUUUAAAAGUUUGGUUUCACUUUCACGUUGAAUGACUGAAGUGUGAGGUGACUUAGGGCAUAAUGUGACAACCUGUGGUCCAUUUCCUUUUCCUAUAGAUGAGGCCCAGGGAGACAAGGCCAAGCAGAGCAUCAGGGCAAAGUGUGCAGAGUACCUGGACCGAGCAGAGAAGCUGAAGGAAUACCUUAAGAAGAAGGAGAAGGCUCCUCCAGCCAAGCCUGUCAAAGAGUCUGGGUCUGAUGACAAAGGGUGAGUCAGCUGCAUAGGGCUGUGGCGGUCAUGAAACUUUGUCAGCUGGUUAUCGUCAUGCAAAAGACUGUCGGUCUCACGGUAAUUGACCGCUAAUUAACAUAAACACCAUUAGCAUCUCCAGGCCCACUGAUGAGCGCCUUUGGAACGUCUACUUUAAAAAAGGUCUAAUAAAUCAAUGUAAUAUGCAUCAUCACAGUAAAUCCAUUAUUUAUUUUAGUCAGGUCUAAAGAAACAUGAUGAUAUGAAGAAAAUGUAUUUCAGAAGAACAGAAUAUGAGUUAGCCUACUGUAGGCCUAUGUUAUCUGGCUAUGCUCCAUGCCAUAGGCUGUAGGCUUGUUCAUUUAGCUGACAUGAAAUGCUUAUAAGUCCCGUGCCAUUAUUUUAUGAAUAUAAUUUAACUUAGCUGAGUAAAAUAGAAAGGAUAUUUUUAUCAUUGCGGAGCGAGUGUGCAUAUGAAGUGGCUAUGUUCAGUGUAAAAGUGAUAAUUUGAAACAGGUCCUAUAUGCUAGAUUUAGAGUUAUUUGACAACUUUAGUUGUGAGUGAUACAAACCUUAGAAUGUGUUAGAAAUCAAAACAUACAGUGCAUUCGGAAAGUAUUCAGACCCCUUGACUUUUUCCACAUUUUGUUACAUUACAGCCUUAUUCUAAAAUGGAUUACAUUGUUUGUUUUCUUCAUCAAUCUACACACAAUACCCCAUAAUGACAAAGCAAAAAUGUAUUUUUAAAAAACCUCGGAAAUAUCAAAUUUACAUAAGUAUUCAGACCCUUUACUCAGUACUUUGUUGAAGCACCUUUGGCAGCGAUUACAGCCUCGAGUCUUCUUGGGUAUGACACUACAAGCUUGGCACACCUGUAUUUGGGGAGUUUCUCCCAUUCUUCUCUGUAGAUCCUCUCAAGCUCUGUCAGGUUGGAUAGGGAGCGACGCUGCAAAGCUAUUUUCAGGUCUCUCUAGAGAUGUUCGAUCGGGUUCAAGUCCGGGCUCUGGCUGGGCCACUCAAAGACAUUCAGAGACUUGUCCCGAAGCCACUCCUGUGUUGUCUUGGCUGUGUGCUUAGGUUCGUUGUCCUGUUGGAAGGUGAACCUUCACCCCAGUCUGAGGUCCUGAGCGCUCUGGAGCAUGUUUUCAUCAAGGAUCUCUCUGUACUUUGCUUCGUUCAUCUUUCACUCAAUCCUGACUAGUCUCCCAGUCCCUGCCGCUGAAAAACAUCCCCACAGCAUGAUGCUGCCACCACCAUGCUUCACCGUAGGGAUGGUGCCAGGUUUCCUCCAGACGUGACGCUUGGCAUUCAGGCCAAAGAGUUCAAUAUUGGUUUCAUCAGACCAUAGAAUCUUGUUUCCCAUGGUCUGAGAGUCCUAUAGGUGUCUUUUGGCAAUCUCCAAGCGGGUUGUCAUGUGCCUUUUACUGAGGAGUGGCUUCCGUCUGGCCACUCUACCAUAAAGGCCUGAUUGGUGGAGCACUGCAGAGAUGGUUGUCAUUCUGGAAGGUUCUCCCAUCUCCACAGAGGAACUCUGGAGCUCUGUCAGUGACCAUCGGGUUCUUGGUCACCUCCCUGACAAAGGCCCUUCUCCCCCGAUUGCUCAUUUUGGCCGGGUGGCCAGAUCUAGGAAGAGUCUUGGUGGUUCCAAAUGUCUUCCAUUUAAGAAAGAUGGAGGCCACUGUGUUCUUGGGGACCUUCAAUGCUGCAGAAAUGUUUUGGUACCCUUCCCCAGAUCUGUGCCUCAACACAAUCCUGUCUCGGAGCUCUACAGACAAUUCCUUCGACCUCAUGGCUUGGUUUUUGCUCUGACAUGCACUGUCAACUGUGGGACCUUAUAUAGACAGGUGUGUGCCUUUCCAAAUCAUGUCAAAUCAAUUGAAUUGAACACAGGUGGAAUCCAAUCAAGUUGUAGAAACAUCUCAAGGAUGAUCAAUGGAAACAGGAUGCACCUGAGCUCAAUGUCUUGUCUCAUAUCAAAGGGUCUGAAUACCUAUGUAAAUACGUUUUUUCUGUUUUUUAUUUGUAAUACAUUUGCAAAUAUUUCUAAAAACCUGUUUUCGCUUUGUCAUUAUGGGGUAUUGUGUGUAGAUUGAUGAGGAAAACAUUUAAUUAAAUCCAUUUUAGAAGAAGGCUGUAACGUAACAAUGUGGAAAAAGUCAAGGGGUCUGAAUACUUUCCGAAUGCACUGUAUAUGGGCUGCAUGGUGCGACCAUCUAUUUAUGAUAUGAGAAAGUAAAAAAAAAGGCUUGUGCUCUGUUCCUUGCCUCAGGCUGCACAGCUGUUCUCUCAUGAAAUGAUCAUAUUUUGACCCAUCAGACUAUUCUCAAUGUAAUCUUGUCUUUACUAAUAUGUCAAAUUAGUUUUGAUUUAGAAUGGGCAGGAACAAUGGCAGGUGAAAAAAGACGUCACUUGGUAGUGAGUGUUGCAACCGAGGACAGACAAGUUUUACGCGUUACGCGCUUCUUAUUUUAUUUGCCACAUGCGCCGAAUACAACAGGUGUAGUAGACCUUACCGUGAAAAUGCUUACUUACAGCCCUUAACCAACAAUGCAUUUAUUUCUUAAUAAAAAGUAAAAUAAAACAACAACAACAAAAAAGUGUUGAGAAUAAAAGAGCAGAAGUAAAAUAAAAUAACAGUAGGGAGGCUAUAUACAGGGGGGUACCGGUGCAGAGUCAAUGUGCGGGGGCACCGGCUAGUUGAGGUAAUAUGCACAUAUGGGUAGAGUUAAAGUGACUAUGCAUAAUACCGAGUAUCACUCGGCGGUCCUGUUCUGUGAGCUUGUGUGGCCUACCACUUCACGGCUGAGGCGUUGUUGCUCCUAGACGUUUCCACUUCACAAUAACAGCACUUACAGUUGACUGGGGCAGCUCUAGCAGGGCAGGAAUUUGACGAACUGACUUGUUGGAAAGAUGGCAUCCUAUGACGGUGCCACUUUGAAAGUCACUGAGCUCUUCAGUAAGGCCAUUCUACUGCCAAUGUUUGUCUUUGGAGAUUGCAUGGCUGUGUGCUCGAUUUUAUACACCUGUCAGCAACGGCUAUGGCUGAAAUAGCCGAAUCCACUAAUUUGAAGGGGUGUCCACAUACUUUUGUGUAUAUAUAGUGUAGUUAGCGAGUUGGGUACUACCAAAGCAUGACCAGAAUCAUAAAAGGAGAUUACAGUAACUCAACGGUCACGUGGAAUUUUACUGUGGUCAUGACUCAUGACUGCCAGUGUGGCGGUAAUACGGCCCUAAAGGAGCCCUAAAGGAGCGUAAUGAAUCCUGAGAUGUGUUAUAAUCCUCACCAAUCCUUCAUUCGGUUCUGAUUCUUGAGUCUUUUGGACUGUGUUUAUACUUUUUGUGUGGCCUAAGGUGGGCCUCCUUAUCAGUACAGUGAGGUCAAAACGACUUUGCUUUUUCUCUUGCAGGAAUGAGAGUGAUGAAGGUGAAGGUGACCAAGAGAAAAAGAAGUUCCAAAAUCAACUCUCUGGUGAGUUAUAGCAUCAAAUACCCUUUUCAGCAUUUUUGGUGUGGCUCAUACAAAGCUUUGAUGCAGCCUUGUGACACUGAAUCUGCAUUUGAUUUGUAUGAAAAAAAUUGAUAUAAGCCGUACUACAUUUCACCCACUUCUAUCUAUCUACUAUCUAUCUUACAGGUGCCAUCGUCAUGGAAAAGCCAAACAUCAAGUGGAAUGACGUAGCUGGGCUUGAGGGUGCAAAAGAGGCCCUUAAAGAAGCUGUCAUCUUGCCCAUCAAAUUCCCUCACCUCUUCACAGGUAAGGAUUAUAGAAUUCAAGCAACACAUAACAUUCUAGAUAAUAGCGCAUGUAUUGUGACUUACAGCAAUGCAUCUGAAGAGUAAAUAGUUUUAGUCUUGAAUAGUAUUAACUAUAUAAGUCACAGGAUAAGCCAUGUAAUUAAAGAAUACAUAAGUAUGUUUGUCUUUGGUGUCCAGGAAAGCGGACUCCAUGGAGAGGGAUCUUGCUCUUUGGUCCUCCUGGUACAGGAAAGUCUUACCUGGCCAAGGCUGUGGCCACAGAAGCCAACAACUCCACCUUCUUCUCUAUCUCCUCCUCUGACCUGGUGUCCAAGUGGCUGGGGGAAAGUGAAAAGUGAGUGAUGGUGCAAAGAGGGUGGGCUAUGCAAUCAAAUCAAAAUAAUAUUUGAAAGGAUAUUGCUCAUACGUACCCUUCUCUAUCCUCCUCUGUAUUCUUCCCCCACAUCAUCCAUUGGUCUCAUAUUCACUCUCCACCACUCUUUCUGUCUUCAGGUUGGUGAAGAAUCUGUUCAGCCUGGCCAGGGAGAACAAGCCCUCCAUCAUCUUCAUCGAUGAGAUAGACUCUCUGUGUGGCUCCAGGAGUGAGAACGAGAGUGAAGCAGCCCGCCGCAUCAAGACUGAGUUCCUGGUCCAGAUGCAGGGUGAGCGAGCGAGCAUGCCACUGGGCUGACAGACUGUACAGUUUACGCAAAGCCUGGCCUCAGAUCCUGUUUACCUCGUACCUUGAGUAUUGACACAACUGCUUUGUCCACUGUGUCGUUUAGCACUGAACCUUUUUGUUUGUACGGUAUCACCAAACAAACUAAACUACAAUUUUUGGGCCUAGAUUUUGGCUUUCCAGUUGACUGGAUCAGCUGUCUAUUUAAAGUGUUUUUUCUCUCUUCUCCCAGGUGUUGGAAAUGACAAUGAUGGAGUCCUGGUUCUAGGAGCCACAAACAUCCCCUGGACAUUGGACUCUGCUAUUAGGAGAAGGUCAGUGUAUAUUUAUAUUCUGAUGGUCUCAAGUCCUUUAUCUUAUUGUAAAGAUGUAUUAUUCACCAUUUUUUGACCCAUUGACUCUUAUUAGACAAAUUGUUAAAGAUUAGAAAUAAAGAAUGAGAUUCCCUCCUGUCCCUUGCUGCAUCACCAUAUGUCAUUCCCAUGUUUCUGUGCCUCAGGUUUGAGAAGCGGAUCUACAUCCCUCUGCCUGAGGAGCAUGCCCGCUCCUUCAUGUUCAAGCUGCAUCUAGGCUCCACCCCCAGUGAGCUAAUUGAAUCAGACUAUGUGAUCCUGGGUAAGAAGACAAAUGGCUACUCUGGAGCUGACAUCAGCGUCAUCGUAAGGGACGCCCUCAUGCAGCCAGUCAGGAAAGUGCAGUCGGCCACUCACUUCAAGCGGGUACGUGACAUUCAACAGAGACAGGGCUCACCUAGGUGCAGCGAAUCUUAAUUGAUUUCCUUUUCAUCAUCUGAUAGUUGUGAAGGAAGCAUUGAGUCCUCUGAAUGCUCUGUCAAUGAAACAUCAGUAAUCACAUCAAUUUCUGUCCAUGUCUUCUCCUGCAAACACCCAGGUCCAAGGAUCGUCAUGGAACCAUCCCAACCUCGUGGUAGACGACCUCCUGACCCCAUGCUCACCAGGAGAUCCAGACGCCAUAGAGAUGACCUGGAUGGAUGUUAAUGGAGAGAAACUCAUGGAGCCUAUUGUUUGCAUGGUGAGAAGAAUCCCAAAAACAUUUUGGUUUUGAACAUGAGGAAACAAGUAUGUGAUGCUAACUGAUAGGGCCGGGACGAUACCUGUAUCGUGAAGUGGAUUUCACUUUUGGGGGGGAAACAGCCCUAAUGUUGGGAACAAACAUCAUUAUGUUGUCAUCCAGAGUCACAUUUAGUUAUUUUCCAAGCUAUAUCACACUAUAUUUUACAUACAGCAGGUUUUUAAAGUCCAAACAAAGAUUGCUUGGUCUGCUUCGCGUUUGCAUUUCUGCCAUGGAAAAGUGUGAGAUACUGGUAUCAUCCCGGCCUACUAAUUGACCCUUGUGAUGUGCUGUUUACAGGCUGAUAUGCUGAGGUCACUGCACAACACCAAGCCAACCGUGAACGAGCAGGACUUGGACAAGCUCAAGAAGUUCACAGAGGACUUUGGUCAGGAAGGCUAA